GCAACCUGCUUUGCGUCAGUCUUCAGCUCCUGCCGCCGCCCGCGGCUUCUUUCUCGCCAAACGUCUGCUGCGGGGGCUGGCCCGGCCCCGGGAAGGACCAAAGGGGACCCAGCGUGUCCCCACGGCGGCUGCAAGAGGAUCUAAACAUGGAUGGCAGCCGGAGAGUCAGAGCAACCUCUGUCCUUCCCAGAUAUGGUCCACCCUGCCUAUUUAAAGGACACUUGAGCACCAAAAGUAAUGCUUUUUGCACUGACUCCUCCUCUCUCAGACUAAGUACCCUCCAACUGGUCAAGAAUCACAUGGCUGUUCACUAUAAUAAAAUCCUUUCAGCCAAAGCUGCAGUAGACUGCUCAGUUCCACUAAGCAUGAGUGCCAGCAUCAAAUAUGCAGACCAACAACGAAGAGAGAAACUCAAAAAGGGAUUAGCACGGUGUGAAAGGGAAUUGAAAUUAACUAAAACUGCAAUGCAAUCCAAUUCUAAAAGUAAUUCCAAGUCAUUAUUUAACACUCUACAAAAGCCUCCAGGAGAACCACAAGAUGAAGAUGCUAUGUUAUUCGAAGAAGUGAACAGAUUUCCAUCCUUUAAAAGGUCACCAGUAACUUCUUCAGAGCGACUACACUUAAAUCCACAUAAUUCCGAUAAAGUCCUCACAAAUGGUACUGAGAAGAACUCCAGUUCCUUCCUGUCCAGCAUGGAUCACGCUGCCUCUGGGCCCAGGACAUCAUCCUCUGGAACCUCCUACGGCAGAAGGCCCCGGAGCACAUCCCUAAAUUCCCAGCGGUUUCAGUUAGUAAUUUCAAAAGCACCCAGUGGGGACCUUUUGGAUAAACAUUCUGAACUCUUUUCUAACAGACAUUUGCCAUUCACCCCACGCACUUUAAAAACAGAAGCAAAAUCUUUCCUGUCACAGUAUCGAUAUUAUACACCUGCCAAAAGAAAAAAGGAUUUUACAGAUCAGCAGAUAGAAGCUGAAACUCAGACUCAAUCAAGCAGCUUUCAAUCUGAUUUUGAGACAGUUGAGAUUAAGAACUUCACAGAUUCAGAAAUGAACAUAAAGCAGGCAUCUAGCUGUAUGUCGUAUGGUACCAAAGGAAAAAUAACCCCUUUACCUUUACAAGGACAUGAAUUACCAUGGGAUGAGGUUAAAGACAGUGCUCUUCAGUGUUCCUCAUCAAGGGCAGUAUGUCAAUGUUCCCUGCAGCCUCCUUCAGGGAGAAAAAUCUAUUCUGAUGAAGAAGAACUGUUGUAUCUGAGUUUCAUUGAAGAUGUAACAGAUGAAAUUUUGAAACUUGGUUUAUUUUCAAACAGGUUUCUAGAACGACUGUUUGAGAGACAUAUAAAACAAAAUAAACAUCAUUUGGAGGAGGAAAAAAUGCGCCACCUGCUACAUAUCCUAAAGGUGGACUUAGGCUGCAUGUCCAAGGAAAACUCAGUAAUGCUAGAUGAUGUUGGUAUGUUGCAUUUACUUGAUUUUGAAAAGGCUGAGAAUUCAGAACAAAAUGAAUAUAAAAAUGAACAAGAUUUAGCCAUUCAACAGGAACGUCAAGAAUACCAAAAAGCUUUGACUAUGUUAUUGUCUGUUCCAAAGGAUGAGAACAAGAUAGUCUCUUCACCAAAUGAAUUUUUCCUGCCUGUCUAUAAAUCACAGGAUUCAGAAGGGGUUAUAAUUCAACAGGUAAAUGAUGAAACGAAUCUUGGAACUUCAGUUUGGGAUGAAAAAAAUGUAAGUAUGUCAGACAGUUUACUAGACCAAGAAACUUCUGUGAAUGUCAUUGAUGGAGACAAUGACAAUGACAAAGUCGAGACUUCAAAUGAAUUGUGUUGUUUUAGCACAGCACUCUCCCCGUCUGUUCAGUUAUGCAGUGUCAAAGAUGGUAAUCAGGACAUGGAAGGACCAACUCUCAAAAUCAUGGAAAUGAGCAUUGAGGACCGAUCUUUCGAUGCUUGAUCUUCAUUAAUAAAUAUCCCAAAUGGCCAAUAAUUCAACAUUCCUUUCACUUUUUUUUUUUUUACUUUUUUUUACUUUUUUAUAUUAAGAUUUGUUUGUUUUCUAUGUUGUAUAAUAAAUUACUGUAAAUUUAGCAGC